UAUAUAUUUUUUUAAUUCCUUGUUAAAAUAUCAAAAUGAAUUGGAAAUAUUUUUUGGCGGCGCUCGCGGUAGUGGCAGUGAUCCCAUCAGGCGAAGCUAUGAUCCCAGCAUACUCCGUAUCCGCCCUUCGCCUAGCAUUUGACGAGAUCGCUACAGUCCUGCCCAUCGCCAACCAGCUCGCCUGCCUCCUGAUCCCGUUCCUCAUCAACCUGAUCAACAACUUAAACAACCUGUCGAACAUUGUUCAGAACUUAACUCCAGCUAUACUCCCGUAUUUCGGCUGCACUUUACCGCUUUUAUACGCAACUUUGACUGAUUUAGCUUCGGUUUUAUUCCUGUAUAUAAGCGUAUUGAUAUCGUUAUUUAGAUCUAAUGUGCUAGCGGCCCCUGGUUUGCUGAUAGGUCUUGUUUCUCAAGUUUUGAACCUGGUGAUUGGGCUGUUGACAGGAUUGACUGACAGCACAGGUCUUUUGGGUAGUCUGAUCAAAUUGAUUACUAGCAUUUUGGUGGAAUUGGAGAAGCUGCUCUGAACGAUGGGUAAAUUAUUAAAAUGAAUGCGUAUUUAAUUGU